AUGCUUGACCCAGACCAGAAAGAUAUCUCCAUGGACCUGGAAACAUACCAUGCCAUCAUGAAAGAGUGGAUUGAAGACUGUAAGAGAAAAUGGGAAGAUGGUGCCACCGAGGAACCAACACCAAGCAUGGAAGGCCUGGAAUUGAAAGCGCACAAAAACACCUCUGAAGGAAAAAAGACGCAUAUCCGAAUGAAUGUUACAUCAGGAAGCUUGGAGGCCUUUGGGGGAGAUGUGUCUAAAGGAGACAUGGAGACUUCUGACUUGAUAACCUGCGUUGUGGACCUGCAGUACAACAACCAGAAGCUUCGUGAAGAGAACAACAAGCUGAAGUUCACACUGGAAGCUGUGGAUGAGACCAACAAUAAGCUAUUGGCAGAUAAUGAGCAUCUACAUCAACAAAUAAAAAGCAUCCAGCAUUCUGUGCUGAAAGCCAAAUCACUGGAAGAAGAACUAGAAGAAGUAAAAAACAACCUCAACCUGUCAGAAGAGAGGAGACAGCAAAUCCUCUGCCAGAAUAAACAGCUAAAUAUUAGGAGUAGUAUGGAUACCGAUGGACUUCAAAAGAAGAUUUUGGAGCUGUCUAAAAAUGCAGCAGAGCUUCAAAUCCAAGUACAUAUCUAUGAGAGCACUGUAGUGAACAAAGAGGCAAGCUUGAUCCAGAAGGAGAAGGACAUCAAAGAACUGAAGUUAACCAUUGUGGAGUGUUCCUCAAUAAUAGAGACUUUGCGGGCAGAAAAAAAUAAGCUACUGGAGAACAUGCAACACAUGCAGCAGGAGCUGAUCUCAAAUGGGUUGAGUUUGUGUAAAUUUAACAGUAAUAUUCCUGAAGGGACGAAUUCACUGCACUGUGAACUGGAACUUGCUCAGUCUUCUGAGAUUACCAAGACUGAAUGGACAUCCCUGGAUGAAACACUGGACCGUGAAGUGCUGUUUUUACUUCAGGGACCUGAAUAUGUGGGAGAAAAAUUUAAGACUAUCAUGCAAAACCUGCAAGAGGAAGCCUCUGAAGCAGAGGAGCUGGUCAGGGCUUCUUUACAAUGGAUAAAAGAUCCUGAUGUGAACAUGCAACAGGCUUGGGAAAGAAAACUUGUGGUUCUCAAGCAAGAACUGGGAGAAAAAAGACACCUUUGGAUCCAGAAACUUCAACUCUUGCAAAAAUACAAAGAAUCCCUAGAUAAGGAUUUUAUUCGAAUGGCAGGCAACCUGAGGAGAACCAAGACAGAGCAACUUCACCUAAGGAAAGACCUCUCUGCCAGGCAACGUGAGAUAGAAACUGUCAAACAGUUACAAGAACAAACUGCUGGCCAGGCAGAAGCCCUUGGUUUAGAGCUGCAAAAAGCUACAAAGCAGCUUGAGGAUGCCAGCAAACAGGCAGAGGAUCAAGCUGAAGCCUUUCACUUUGCUUGUGAGGAAGCUGCAUCCUUGAAAUGCAAGUUAGAGGAAGCCAUUUCUGAGCAGCAAAAACUCAAGGAUGUGAACGCAGCUUUAACAAGCACUUGCCAGUUACUUCAAGACAAGGUGGAAGACCAGAAAAGAAUGGAUGUGACCAAGAAGGAAUUCUGCCCCAUGAUGGAAGAACACAAAACCACGUUUCAAAACGUUUUAAAGCAAGACCCGGAGGUGGACCAGGAAAAGAAAAAUAAUAAAAAGCAGAGUGAGGAAGCACCAGCUGUGGUUCCCAGUAGGAAAGGGACUUCACCCACUGCAGGUGGCAUUAAAGCAGAUAAAACAAAGCAAAAUGAGCCUGACUCUCCUAAUGAGAAAGAAGUGGAGGCUGAAUUUCUGAGGUUGUCUUUAGGUUUUAAAUGUGACUUGUUUACUUUGGACAAGAGAGUGAAGCUUGAAGAAAGGUCUCGAGACUUGGCUGAAGAAAAUUUGAAAAAGGAGAUCACAAAUGCUCUAAAGAUGUUAGAGGCUUUAGUUCCUCUGUGUGAAGAAGAUAACCAAGCGCAAGAGAUUAUUAAGAAGUUGCAGAAAAGCUUGCAGUUCCUCAGCCAGUAUGCAGCCCGAGUUGCUAGUAGAGCAGAGAUGUUGGGAGCUAUCAAUCAGGAAAGCCGUGUCAGCAAGGCUGUGGAAGUAAUGAUUCAGCAUGUGGAAAACCUGAAGCGCAUGUACACAAAAGAACAUGCAGAACUUGAGGAGCUGAAACAGGUCCUGCUCCAGAAUGAGAGAUCCUUCAGUUCUCUUGGAGAUCGAGAUGAAUCUACAAAUAAAAAACUACCAAAUUCUUUUAACUUUAAGCCAUCGUCAUCCCUACGAAGAGUUAGCAUUGCAGCGUUGCCUAGGAGUGCUGGAAAUGCAGGUAUUGGGCUGCCGCUGGCCCUACUCCAUGAACCUGAUGGAGAUGAACGGAGUGAUAAAUUCAACAGGAGAUCAAGCAAUUGGGGACGACUAGGAGCAAAGCAAAAUGAGAAGCGUCCUUCACUACAGCGGUUCAUUAGCACAUAUUCCUGGGCAGAGUACGACAACGAACAUUCUGAAACAAAAAAUGAGCAGUUGGAAUCACCUGCUGAAGUACAAGAAGAACUGUCAAGGAAGGAAAGUAUCUCUGAAAAAGGAAAAUGUUCAUCAAAAUGGAACCUAGAGUCAGUAUGCAAUUUAAUGUCAUCAUGGGCAUCCCAUCUCAAGACUUCCUUUUCCAACGCUAACAAAACUCUCUGGGUUUCUGUUUCCAUCCUGGUACUGCUUGCUGCUCUUACAAGCUUCCUCACUGGGCUGUCUCUUCAAAGACCAGCAGAUGCAGCACCUGUAGGAACUGGGGACUCCUGGACUUCACUACAGCAACUGUUGUGGCCGUACACAGGACUUCAACACAACGGACCACCCCCCGUAUAA